AUGUCUUUUGCUAAUUCCCAACUAUCAUCCAAAUCUAAAACAUCCUCAGUAUAUCAAACUGAUGGAAAACCCCUUUCUCCUGAAGCUUUAUACAAGGCUAAAUUAAAAUAUGGUAUUUAUAAUAAUCCAACCACAAAUUCAAUUGGUGUUCCAUCAUCAAAUGGGGCAAGUGAUACUGCUGCUUUAUUAGCCACAAACUCAGAUUUAUCAAUUCAUCCUUAUAAGAGAGAAAUUCAUACUGAUGCUCAAACUGCUGCUUUAUUUGCUAGAAAAGAUACUGCUCCAAAAAGAUGGACCAAGGAUCAAGUUGAUAAUGAAGCUACAAGUGCUGCCCUGAAUGCUAAAUCUCUGAAACAUGAAUUACAGAAAACUGAUUUUACAAAUUCUAAUGCUGCUGCUUCAAGUGUCCUUUCAAAAGGUUCAAAAUCAAUUGCUUCUUCAAAUUUAUCUUCAUUAUAUGAAUUUGAUGCUAUAAGAAAUGGUACUUCCAACUCACAUACUUCAUUAAAUAUUGAUAAAUUAUCAACAGUCUCCAAAACUAGAGCUCAAUCUUUAAUUAAUUCAAGAAUUAAUCCAGAAAGAGAUUCUUCAAGAUUAGGUCUUGAUUCUUCAAAAAAUCAUUCUUCAAAUUUACAAUCUUUUGCCGCUGUUGGUGCUUUAGCUUCUCAAAAUAAACCUGUUCAAGUUGAUCCAAAUUUAGAAGCUACUGCAGUUUAUCGUAAUUCUUUAGUUGAUCCAAAAGUUUUAGCUCAGGCAAGAUUAAAUGCUGAUCAUACAUUAUCUGGUAUUGAUAAAAACUUGGGUGAAAAAGAUUUAUUCCUUAACCCGGAAUUCAAUGCAAAAGCUAUUGAAUUAGCUAAACAAAAAUAUGAAAAUAGAUCAACCACCCUGGGUAAAGUUGAUUUAGGUGGUGGUUUAUUCAUGUCUCAAGAAGAAUUAGAUGCAAUUGCUUCCAAGAUUGUUAAUCCUGUUUUAGAAGAUAUUAAUUCCAAAGCAAAAUUACAAAGAGAUCGUGAUGCUGAAUUAAAUAAACAAAAACAAGAACAAUUAAACAAGGAACGUCGUUUCAAAAUUGAACAACAAACUAAAAAAAUGGAUGAAAAAAGAUUAAAAAAUGAGGCAAAAUUACAAAGAAAACAAGAAUUAGCUGAAGAAAAACAAAAAUUAAAAGAUGCUAAAUUAGCAUUAGAAAAAGCUAAAAAAGAUGAAUUAACUAAACAUCAAUCAAUAUUAGAUUCUAAAAAAUCUGAAGAAGAUUCUAAAAAACAACAAUUAUUAGCUGAACAACAAUUUGAACAAGAUCGUAUUGAUAAAGAAACAAAUGAAGCUAAAAAACAAAGAGAUCAAGAAUUGAAAGCUGCUCAAGAAGAAAGAGAUUUAAAAUUAGCUCCAAUUUUAGAAAAAUUAAAAAUUGAGAAAGAUAAAUUAACUUUAUUAAAUGAAGAAAAGUUAGCAAUUGAAACUAUAACAAAUUCUCAAAUUUCAAAUACAGAAAAUGCUAAAAAUCUUUUAAAAAAUUCUCAAUUAGAAUUAGAAUCUUCAAUUAAAAAAUUAGAAUCCCUUAAGCUAGAAAUUGAGGAAUCAUCAACAGAACAAGAAAAAUUAAUUAAAGAAUCUGAAUUAAAAAAAAUUGAAGCUGAUAUUGCUUUGCAAAAAACAAAUGAAUUUGAAGCUCAAGCUCUUGUAAAACAAGCUGAAUUAGAAAAAGAAAAAGCGAUUUAUGAAAAUGAAAAAUUAAAAUUAGAAUUGGAAUUGGAAAAUACUAAAAUUGAAGUUUUGGAACAAGAAAGGGAAAUUAAUGAAAUUUUACCAAUUGAAGUUGAACAAACUGGUACAGUUGGUGAGAAAUCAGUUGAGCCAGCUGGAACAGCUGGUGAAAAGUCAGUUACAACUGGUGAAACUAAAUCAGAAUUGCCAAAAACUAGUACAAUCACUGAAACUAAGUCAGAAUUACCAAAAGGUACCACCACAGGUUCAACUGAAUUACCAAAAACUAUAAUCACCGGAACAGGUGAAGUUUCAAUCCCAACAGAAUUAAAUCAAUCAUCAAUCGAUAAACCUGAAUUAAAAAAGACAUUUUCAGGGUUUUCUCAAGGUUCAAAUGAUAAAGAAGUUGAAGCUGAUGAAGGUACUGCUACUGGAACUGCUACUGGAACUGCUACAGGAACUGCAACUGGUACAAAUGUUAGUGAUUCAACUCAAGAUUUAAGUGUUGAUGAUAAACAUAAAAGUUUUUUUAAAGAAGAGUUUUAA